CAUCUAUUAAUGUAUCGGCAUGUCCACUAUGUGAAGAUGGUCCUAAUUGUAAUAAAAAUUUGAAAAAAUCUGAAGAACAUUGUAAAUCAUUUAGACAUUGUAAAAGGGCUUGUGACUAUCGUGGUAAUUGUAUUUAUUUUAAUGAUACAAAUCAUCUUACAAAAUAUGAACAACCAUUUAAUCAACCAUGUUCAUUUACACCAUAUUCAUGUAAAAAAUAUAUAAAAUUUUUACAGUAUAAUAAACGUAGUCUUAAUGAAGAAACACAUAAAGUUAUGCAUAAAAAAUUGAAAAUACAUUAA